GGCGGUGCCGGCGGUCCCGGCGGGCCAUGAGGGAGCCGCCGGCCGCGCUGCCGCCGCGGGAGCCGCCGGAGCCCGGCAGUGCCUAGCGCGGGCUACGGGCUUUCUGCAAGUCAUCGGGGCCGGCGGACGCGCCCCCGCUGCCCUCCCGCUGCCCCAGCCCAGUUCAUCCGCUCGGGGAUUAUUUAAUUUAUUUAUUUGUUUGUUCAUUUAUUUAUUUAUUUUCUUCCGCCGUGCUGUAUGUACUGGUUUCCUCGUCACCCGCCACGGUUAACUUCCCUGUGACUCGGUUUAACACUUGAGACGUCCGUGGAUGCUGCUAAGAGCACUUCUCUUGCCUUUGCUGUCCCUUGCUGGGAUCGGAUUCACACUACCCGGACCCUGUGUGCCUGUAUGUGUGUUCUGAGUGUCUUGACAUUUUGGUUUUCUUUACAAGAACUAUGCAUUAAUUGUAACCAAGACCUGUGAAUGACCAUAGGCUUGGCUUGACCUUGAUUUUGAUGGCUUUGUUGGAAGAUCUGAUGAUGUGAUUGCAUGUCAUGAGGUGAUUGCUCUCCAGCCUCCAGCCUCCGUGGCUCAGUGCAUAAACCACUUCUGCCACACUGUCACUCAUGGACAAUUCUGAUUUUUCUUUUAAACAAUCCUUUUGGCUGUUUUUAUCUUCUCACUCUUAUUUCCCCCUUGUUUCUUCUUAAUGUUGGGAGCUUUAUUCUACCCUCUGAUGUGAUUGAUAGUCCUGCUUCUCCGUGCUGCUGAUUUCCAGUUUCAACUACAAUGGCUCUAAGUGGCAACUGCAGGACUUACCUUCCUGCCCGGGAGCAGGGCACGGGGCUGCACUCCUUCCCCGAGGUGGUGGAGCUCAACGUGGGCGGCCAGGUUUACUUCACUCGCCACUCCACCUUGGUGGGCACCCCUCACUCCCUGCUCUGGAAAAUGUUCACCCCAAAGAGAGACACAGCCAACGAUCUGGCCAAGGACUCCAAGGGAAGGUUCUUCAUCGACAGAGAUGGUUUCCUGUUCCGAUAUAUUCUGGACUUUCUCAGGGACAAGCAAGUGGUUCUGCCCGACCACUUCCCAGAGAGGGGAAGGCUCAGGAGGGAGGCUGAGUACUUCCAGCUCCCGGACUUGGUCAAGCUCCUGACUCCCGACGACAGCAAGCAAAGCCCUGAUGAUUACUGCCACAGCGACUACGAAGAGGUGUCCCAGGGCAGUGACACCAGAAUAUGCCCCCCCUCGUCGCUCCUACCGCCGGACCGCAAGUGGGGAUUCAUCACCAUCGGCUACCGUGGCUCCUGCACUAUUGGCAGGGAGAGCCAAGCAGAUGCCAAAUUCAGGAGGGUCCCAAGGAUUUUGGUUUGUGGAAGGAUUUCUUUGGUCAAAGAGGUUUUUGGAGAAAGUUUGAAUGAAAGCAGAGACCCAGACAGGGCUCCAGAGAGGUACACCUCCAGGUUUUAUCUCAAGUUCAAGCACCUGGAGAGGGCUUUUGACAUGUUGUCCGAGUGUGGAUUCCACAUGGUGGCCUGUAACUCCUCGGUGACGGCUUCCUUCGUCAACCAGUACACAGACGACAAGGUCUGGUCCAGCUACACCGAAUAUGUCUUCUACCGCGAGCCCUCCCGCUGGUCCUCGUCCCACUGCGACUGCUGCUGCAAGAACGGCAAGGGCGACAAGGAGGGCGAGAGCGGCACGUCCUGCAACGAGCUGUCCACGUCGAGCUGCGACAGCCAGUCCGAGGCCAGCUCCCCGCAGGAGACCGUCAUCUGCGGGCCCGUCACGCGCCAGCCCAACAUCCAGACUCUGGACCGGCCGGCCAAGAAGGGGCCGGUGCAGCUGCUGCAGCAGUCCGAGAUCCGCAGGAAGAGCGACCUGCUGCGGACGCUCACCUCCGGCUCCCGCGAGUCCAACUCCAGCAAGAAGAAAGCAGUCAAGGAGAAGCUCUCCAUCGAGGAAGAGCUGGAGAAAUGCAUCCAGGAUUUCCUCAAAAUCAAAAUCCCGGAGAGGUUUCCCGAGAGGAAGCACCCCUGGCAAUCCGAACUGCUGCGGAAGUACCACCUCUAGGCUUCGGGUGGGCAGAGCACGGCCUUGUUACGCUAGAGCCAGAUCCCAAGUGACACAACAGUAAUUCCCAACAACAACUGUUUGUUAGGUCGCCAAAACCAAAACCCAUCUCUAGUACUGCCUAAUUUGCCUAUUUCACCUUAACAUUUCUAGUCGUAGGGGAACGAUAUUUUUGCAGUCCUGGAAGCACAAUGACAAACGCUUUUGUUUGUAAACUUGGAGUCUUACACAAGCUGAAAACCUUAAGGGCACCACCAGGCCCACCCCGAGGGACGCUCGUGUGGCCCCGGAGCAGGCAGGGCAUGGUGAGGGCUCCGUGCCCUCUGCACCCUGCUGGGGGCACGGUGCCCGCAGGGAGGAGCACAGCACAACGCCCCAGCUCUGCCCCGGCAGUUUAAGCAUGUGUAUUUAUAUAUGUGCAUAUAUAUAUGUGUGUAUAUAUAUCUCUGUGUAUAUAUAUAUGUAUAUAUAUAUCAAUAUAUAUUGCUUAAAGAUUUUCUGGCUCUCUCCUUAUAACUGCACUUUCUCAGAAAAGAGCAUUUUUUUUUAGUCUGUGGAUGUCCCGUCUCUUCUCCAGGCCUUUGAGGGCUGAGAGGUAGAGAUCCAUCUCCCUGUCUCUGUGCUGCUCCCCUGCCAGUCCUUCCCCUCCGUGGGGCACUGUAAAGGUGUCCCAGAGGAGAGCAGGUGCAGCCUCUGGGUUUGUGUUACCAUCAGCAAAUAUCCCCUUUGUUUGGGGUGCCCUUGUCCCUGCUGUGUUUCCUAAGGCUCUCGGCUGUUGGGGGCGUGCUGAUCCCCCUGGAAAGCUGCAGGGGUGGCUCCGGGCUGUGGGGGUGCUGGGGAGGGCGCUGGCUCCUCAGGUGCCAGGUGUGUGUGCCAGCAGUGGCUGUCCCAGCUGGCAGGGACAGCGGGCACUGCGCCCCUCUGCCCCAGAAAUCCCCCAGCCCGCCCGGGGGGCUCUGAGCUGUGGCUGCAGGAGGGAGCAGGGCUGUGCCAGGGGGAAGCAGCCCCAGAGGAGCUCCCUGCAGCCCCUCCUGUGAGUGCCAGCCGUGCCAGGGCCGUGUGGCACUGCAGCAGAGCACGCCCUGUGCCCGUGUCCCCGGAGCUGUGGGAAGGGCUGGGCUGGUCCUGCACUGCCCCGAGCCGGGGAAGGGCCAGGGGAGGGGGGCACGGACUGGCCAGAGAGGGGCUGGGGCUGCUGGGGCAGCCGGGGAGAGGGACAGAACACCCCAGUGCUCCAGCUGGGAGGCCACAGCUGGGAACACACCUGCUGCAGGGUUGGGAUCAAUCAUUUCUUUUAUAAAGGCACGGGAAGAUUUUAUAUAUCUAUAUAUAUAUAUGAAUAUGAAAUGAUGGGCAGUGCCAGUGCUGGUAGCUCAGAACUCGGGCUCUGACUCAGUGUCCUGCAGGCUCCAGGGCUCCCCUCCCACGCUGCAGGAGCUGCUGUGGCAGUGCAGGGCUGCUGUCCUGCCUGCACAGUCCCUUCUGCCCCUGCUGCAGCCCCUCCAGGGGAGCCUGCAGGGCUCUGUCACCCCGGCCUGGGCGGGGUCCCAGGGACCCUGGGGCCUCCAGGAGCCCCCAGCCCUGCUCGGGGUCGGGUGCACUUACAGCAGCUAAGAAAGGAAGCAAUACUUGUGCAGAGGGUGGGUGGCAGGAGCUGGCUGCAGCUGGGGAGCCUGGCAGCAAUGCCCUGCAGGUGCCUGGGCCCCCGGGCUCACCCUGGGGUGCUGUGGGUGCAGCAGGAGCCAUCCCUGAUGGAACUGUCCCCGCUGUGGGUGCUGCAGGGGGGCUCUGCCUGGGAAAUGCUCCCUGGAGACACCCAGCCCUCCUGGGGCUGUGCUGCAGGGCCAGCUCGGGGCUUGGGACAUUCCCUCCCACUGGAAUUCAGGCUCUCGUGCCACCCUCUACUCA